AUGAAGGCAUCGGAUGCUGAGGCUUUUAUGCUUAUUAUUGUGAAGAACGAGGUGAUUCCUGGAACUCUUACGCGGAUCUCUUUAAUCGAAAGCCACCUUUGCCACCUGCGUAUUCUGUACUGCGUUGUUGUCAAGGUCGAAUCUAUUGCAAGGUUGAAUUUGCCUCAAGUCCUGUUUGUGAUAUUGUGA